CCAAUCCAUCGCGACUGUGCAACACCCUACGACACCUGGCACCCGCCGGCACGCGCCCCUCGCCCCGCUCAGUCGCGGGUAUGCUCCGGAAACACAGAACGCCUCGCCUCGACCUAAGCUACCUCGUAAUCGCUGCAGCCGUCACCGCUUGCGUAGCAGUGAGUUAAACGCAUCGUAAAGUAUCCAGAUCGGCACCAGGCAGCGCUAGACACACACCGCACCGCACCACACACAACCCGCGCCGUGGACUACAUGGCGACGCUGAUGGCGACAACGCGGGGUCUGGGCGGCCUGCAACUGGCCUCGCCACGGACGCGCACCGCCCGCCGCGUCCCUACCUCAACCACAGUCGGCCGGCGGCCGCUGCUGCUGGUCCGCGCCACUAUUGAGCCGCCCUACAGCCAGCCGCGCCCCGCCGCCGGCACCUCUCCUGCCACACGUGCCGCCGCUGGCCCCGGCCCCGGCUCCACCACGCCCCCGCCUGCCCCCGGCUCACCGGGCGGCGGCGCCACCGGCCCCACCAUCGGCGGCGGGCCCGGCUUCCCCGCCAUUCCCGUGCUCCCCAACCUGGGCGCCUCCACUGGCGGCGGCGGCGGCGGCUUUGGCGGCCGCGGCAGCGGCGGCGGCGGUGGCGGCGGCGGCAGCAGCAGUGGCAGUGGCGGCGGCGGCGGUCUGCCGUUCGGCCCCUGGACCGGCAGCCGCAUCCUGACCGCGCUGCUGGGCCUGGGUGCGGUGUGGCUGGGCUGGAGCUGGUGGCAGGACCACCAGCGGCGCCACCACCCGCUCACACACGCAGCCCACUCCGUGGAGCGCGGCGCGGUGGAUGCGCAGUACGCGGUGGGGGAUGCCGCCAAGGACGCCAAGCACGCCGUCAAGUCGGGCGCCAAGGACGUCAAGUACGGCGCCGAGGACACGGCCAAGGACGUGGGGCACACCGGCAAGGGCUGGUUCAAGGACACCAAGCACGCGGCCGAGGACACGGGCAAGGACACCACGCACGGCGCCAAGAUGGCCGGCAAGGACGCCGCCUACACCACAGAGGAGAGCGCCAAGGACACCGGCCACGGCAUCAAGGGCUGGUUCAAGGGCACCAAGCGCAGCGCCGAGGACACGAGCAAGGACGUGACGCACGCCGCCAAGAUGGCUGGCAAGGACAUCAAGUACACCACUGAGGAGAAGGCCAAGGACGUGUCACACGCCGCCAAGAUGGCCGGCAAGGACAUCGUCUACGGCACGGAGGACAAGGCCAAGGACGUGUCGCACGGGGCCAAGGGCUGGUUCAAGGACACCAAGCACGUGGCCGAGGACACGGGCAAGGACACCAAGCACGCCAUCGAUACCACCGCCAAGGACGUCAAGCACACCGUCAAGAGCGGCAGCAAGGACGUGGCGUAUGUGGCCGAGGACGCUGCCAAGGACACCAAGCACACGGUCAAGGGCGCUGUGAAGGAGAAUGUGGCCCGCGGUGCGGAGGACCUGGUGGAGGACGUGGAGCACGGCGCCAAGCGCGGCGUGCGGCGGGCGCUGGAGGGCGUCAAGGACGCCGCCAUCAGCACCGGCAGCGCCCUGCGCUGGGGGGCCAGCAAGGCCGAGUCCAAGACAGUGGGCGCCGCCGACAGUCUGGAGCAGGGCCUGGCGGGCGGCGGCACCGCCACCAGCCGCGACACGCGCAAGGUGGCGCUGCUGACCAGCGCCGGCAUCAUGGUGGCGGCGGCGGUGGUGGGCGGGUCGUGGUACGUGUGGGACAAGAAGGGUCGCCCCAGCGGCAAGGAUGUGGCCAAGAACAUCCAGGAUUCCCUGCGCUCUGCGGGCAACAAGCUUGCGUCCGAGCCAUCUGGCCCCAAGGUCAUCGACUAAGGCGGAGAAUGACGAGGCGGGCAGGAGGCUGCGGCCGGCUUGGGAAGCUAGCAGUGCCACGGUGGGGCAGCACCGAUGUUGUUUGAGCAGGGUCGGGCGCAAAGGUGUGCAGACGUGGCGAGUAAGACGAGUAAGAACGGUUGGAGCUGGGUUGGACCACGGCUGGCGGCUGUAUCAUUGUGCGGUUACAGUCUUUGUUGGGAAGUAUCAACGAUGAUUGCAUGCGGUUGCAUUUUAGCGGGCUUGAUGUGAGGCCAGUGCGUGUACGUAAGCAAGGCGGUGAGCUGCGCUCAGAGCCGGGGCAAGGCAUGAAGCGGCACCGUGUUGGUGCGGACGGCGGUGUCGGCGUGUGAGGCGAGAGUGGAACCCCCGAGAAGAGUACCCCCAGAGCUAUGGUUGCAUGCGUGACGGUUGCGGGUGUGAGUUGCGUUUUGGGCGGGAGGCAGCGGGAAGGCUGCACGAGCAGGCUGGAUGGAAGGCGCAGGCUUGUACCGGUAGCGCGGAGAUGAGGACGUGCGACUACUGGCGGCACGCCCGGGAGUAUGGCAUUGCAUGCAUGCAGUCUGAUAAACGGUGUGGGCGGCAGUCCCGAGCUGUGUAAACCCCGAAUCGA